AAGUCGCGCUAUAUGCUGUUAUUGUUAAUGGCUCGAGGCCAGCUGCAGGCCGAGGAAUGCGGGGGUAGUUCGUUUAUGCAGCUGUCGCUUGGGCAAGUUUACACAGGGGCAGCCCGACAGCUAAAUGCGCCACUCUUAUGUGCAUCACUAUCCAGAGUAUAUGAUUGCAUAAUAGCGCAGCAGAACUGGCCGUGGCUAUGGGAGUUGCGCGACACUUGAGCAGCGCGUGGGGAGGAAGCCUGCGUGCCGCAUAGAUGCUGCAGGUAUGUCAUUACGAAACAAUUAAAACGACUAAAGCUGCCAAAACUACUGUACUUCGUGCAGCGUCAUGUCCAGCGGCACGAUUGUCGCGCCGCUACCGCAACAUAUUUACAGUUUAUUGAUGAUAUCCGAUGACAGACAUGUUGUGCUGCGAGCGAGAGGAGGGAGCCUCAGUGAGUGUGCGGCCCAGCAUGGCUCGAGCCCAGAUGUACUGGUUGGCUGCUAUUUUAGCGUUCGUGGCGUCCGCUGCGGCGCAGCAAGUUUCCAUCAGCGAUGUGCAGGGCACUCGCUACCGCAGCACCUUCACCACUCGCGUGUCGGUGGAGGGCAUCGUUGUGGCCAAGUGGAGCAACCUGUAUGCGCUAAUGGCGCCCACGGCCGACGCCAACGCCGCCACCUCUGAAGGCAUCCUGGUGGUGUCCCCCACAACCGCCAUGUCGGAGGGCGACCUCGUGCGUGUCAACGGCACCGUGUCAGAGUCCCGCCCCGGCAGUGAUGCCGAGAACAUGGUCGUCACGCGUCUCGGCAACAACCCGGUCGUGUGGCGGCGGAUCUCCAGUGGCAACGCGCUGCCCCAGGUGGUGAUUGGCUGCGACGACAGCACCCAGCGCUCGCCGCCCGUGUCCAAGAUUGAGGACCCGGUCGGCGACGUGGAGGACCCCACAGUGAUCCUGAACCCUGACGUCAACGCCCUCGCCUUCUAUGAGAGCCUGGAGGGAAGCCGUGUGAUCAUCAAGAGGCCCGUCGUGGUGGGACCCACCAACAACUUCGGCGAGACGCCGGUCGUGGCCAGCCGUGCCGACGGCACGCUGUGCGCCCUGGCGUCUCAGCUCACGCCCCGUGGUGGUCUGAUCAUUGAUGAGGUUGCGGGUAUCUACAACCCCAGCCGCAUGCUGCUCGAUGACACCAUUCUCAACUACCUGCCCGGCGGCAAGGGUCUGCAGGUCGGUGACGUGUUGAACGACAUCGUGGCAAUUGUGGACUACUCCUUCGGCAACUACAAGUUCUACGCCACACAGAUUGCCACCAUCGCCACCCCCUCGCCGCUCACGCCCACACCCCCCCUGCCGCUGCCGCCCAUCCCCGGCCUCGCCGUCACCAUCGGCUCCCUGAACGUCGAGAACCUGUCCCCCGCUGACCCUCCCUCCAAGUUCGCCCGCAUUGCAAAUGCCGUGGUCAAGGGCCUUCGCAGCCCUGAUCUCGUGGGCGUGUGUGAGAUCCAGGACAACAGCGGCCCAACGGAUGACCUGGUGGUUGACGCCGCCAUCACUAUCACCACCCUGCUCGCCGCCAUCCGGGACGCGGGCGGCCCGGCCUACGCCUACCUGCAGGUCAACCCGGAGAACAACCAGGACGGAGGCGAGCCCGGCGGCAACAUCCGCCAGAUCCUGCUCUACAACCCUGCAGUCGCCACGGCGGUCGGUCUGCCCGCUGCCUGCCCCAGCACCCCCAACGAGGUGGUGGCUGACGCCAAUGGCAAGCCUCAGCUCAAGUACAGUCCGGGCCGACUGGCGCCCUCCAACAUCGCCUUCCAGAGCAGCCGCAAGCCGCUGGCGGUGCAGCUAACCGUAAACGGCCAACCGCUCUUUGUCAUCGUCAACCACUUCAACUCCAAGGGCGGCGACCAGCCCCUGUUCGGCCGCAACCAGCCGCCGGCCCGCUCUUCCGAGGUGCAGCGCGCGAAGCAGGCUGAGGUGGUUGCGGGCGCUGUGUCCCAGAUCCUGGCGCUGGACGCUCAGGCUCGCGUGGUGGUCAUGGGCGACCUGAACGACUUCGCCGGCUCCUCGGCUCUGGGUGUGUUGUACGCGUCCGGCCUCACCAACGCCUACCUGCUGCCGGAGCAGUCGGGGCUGCUGCGCACGCCGCCCAACCAGCGCUACAGCUACAACUUCGAGGGCAACGCACAGGCUCUGGACCACAUCCUGCUCAGCCCCUCUCUGGUGGGCGGCGCCGAGGUGGGCGUGCUGCACGUGAACAGCGAGUUCGCCGACGACGCCCCCGCCAGCACCCGCUUCAGCGACCACGACCCGCUGCUCGUGCGCCUGCCAGCUCUGGCCAUGCCUGUGACGCCGAUUAACCAGGUCCAGGGCUCGGCCUACACCAGCGGCCGGGUGGGCAGCCGUGUGACGGUGGAGGGCGUGGUGGUGGCUCGCCGCAGCAACCAGUUCUGGAUGGCGGAGACCAACGCCCCUGACGGCGUGGACGCCACCUCGGAGGGCCUGCUGGUGUUCACCGGCUCCAACCCGCCCGUGCCCGUGUUCGUCGGCGACCGCGUCCGGGUCACCGGCACUGUCAGCGAGUUCCGCCCGGGCAACGACGCAACCAACAUGGUCACCACCCAGAUCGGCGGCUCCGUCUUCGUCACCAAGCUGGCCACCGGCGUGCAGCUGCCGCCGGCCGCCGUGAUCGGCUGCGAGGCGGGCAUGCUGUCGCCGCCCGUGUCCAAGAUUGAGGACCCGGUCGGCGACGUGGAGGACCCCACAGUGCUCCUGAACCCUGACGUCAACGCCCUCGCCUUCUAUGAGAGCCUGGAGGGCACCCGUGUCCUCAUCAAGCGGCCCGUCGUGGUGGGACCCACCAACAACUUCGGCGAGACGCCGGUCGUGGCCAGCCGUGCCGACGGCACGCUGUGCGCCCUGGCUUCUCAACUCACGCCCCGUGGCGGUCUGAUCAUUGAUGAGGUUGCGGGUAUCUACAACCCCAGCCGCAUGCUGCUUGAUGACACCCUCCUCAACUAUCUGCCCGGCGGCAAGGGUCUGCAGGUCGGUGACGUGUUGAACGACAUCGUGGCAAUUGUGGACUACUCCUUCGGCAACUACAAGUUCUACGCCACACAGAUUGCCACCAUCGCCACCCCCUCGCCGCUCACGCCCACGCCCUCCCUGCCGCUGCCGCCUACCCCCGGUGUCACCGUCACCAUCGGCUCCCUGAACGUCGAGAACCUGUCCCCCGCUGACCCUCCGUCCAAGUUCGCCCGCAUCGCGGAUGCCGUGGUCAAGGGCCUGCGCAGCCCUGACAUCCUGGGCGUUGCUGAGGUCCAGGACAACAACGGCCCAACAGACACUGGCGUGGUGGCCGCUGACGUCACCCUGGGCCUCCUCAUCUCCGCCAUCCAGGCCGCGGGCGGCCCGACUUACGUUUACCUGCAGAUCAACCCGGUGAACAACCUGGACGGAGGCCAGCCCGGCGGCAACAUCCGCCAGGUGCUGCUCUACAACCCGGCCGUUGCGACUCCCGCCAACCUGCCUGCUGGAGGCUCCACUGAUGCCAACGCCGUCAUCAGCACCGCGACCGGCCAGCCUCAGCUCAAGUACAGCCCCGGCCGCCUGGACCCAACCAACCCGGCCUUCCAGAGCAGCCGUAAGCCGCUGGCGGUGCAGCUAACCGUCAACGGCCAACCGCUAUUCGUCAUCGUCAACCACCUGAACUCUAAGGGCGGCGACCAGCCCCUGUUCGGCCGCAACCAGCCGCCGGCCCGCUCUUCCGAGGUGCAGCGCGCGCAGCAGGCGUCUAUCCUGGCGGGCUUCGUGUCCCAGAUCCUGGCCCUGGAGGAGCAGUCUCGUGUGGUGGUCAUGGGCGACCUGAACGACUUCGCCGGCUCCUCGGCUCUGGGUGUGCUGUACGCGUCCGGCCUCACCAACGCCUACCUACUGCCGGAGCAGUCGGGGCUGCUGCGCACGCCGCCCAACCAGCGCUACAGCUACAACUUCGAGGGCAACGCACAGGCUCUGGACCACAUCCUGCUCAGCCCCUCUCUGGUGGGCGGCGCCGAGGUGGGCGUGCUGCACGUGAACAGCGAGUUCGCCGACGACGCCGCCUCCGGCACCCGCUUCAGCGACCACGACCCGCUGAUGGUCCGGGUGGCAGGUGUCAAUGCCUGCCUGCUCAAGCCUAACGCCUGCCCCAACGGCAAGGCUAGCGGCUCCAUUUGCGUGAACGCCCCCGGCACACCGCGUGGCUACGACUGCGUGUGCCGCCCCGGCUUCGCGCCCAAGGCCAACGGAAACGCGGGCAACAAUGCGCAGUCGUGCAAGCCGAUUGACGCCUAAGCGGACGGACGACAACGCAGCUCGCCUGCACCCUUCACGCUCAUUUACAAAUGAGCGGCGGGGGCGGCUGCCUGCGGAUGACGGCGGCCACGCCGUUGUGUGUGAGCCGUACAUAUAUACUUCGGACACGGGUCUCGGGAGCAUUACGCAGCAUUGCGCUGCGAUAGUACGGUAGUGCCAAGCAGCCGAUCCGCCAUGGCCGUACCAUUUUUUUGCAGUAGGAUAUUACUGGCUGUACAUACGCUUCGUGUUGUGUAUAUACGCAUGCGCGGACAUACGAACCCGGAUGAGCAUGGAAACUGCUCUUGCGCUGAUUUGGGUGACACGUGUGACCUCGUCGAGGCCCCGUGGAUUUGCCCUAGGGACUCAAAGUGCGCUUGCCAGCUAGGCGCCCAGGAGGGCCGGGCUGACGCUUUAUGAGUAUCAGGCUGCCCCACUUGACGCCGGAUCAAACAUUGAGCCUGUUUGUAAAGCGUCCAGCAA